AUGGAUCUUCGCAUUACAACCGGUGAGAAACGCCACGUGCUGACGGAAACCCAAGUCCUCGCUGCCCUCGACUGGCUCUCUGGCUUCCACGGCUUCUGGUGGUCGCGCAUACAAAGCCUGACCCCCUCAUCGCUCGUGCUUCCUCCCCUCGAGGAAGUCCAACGCGACGCCCAAACCACCGUGAACCAGACAGUCUGGCUCAACGGCGGAUACACGUAUCUCGCAACCCGCCGCAAAGAAUACGCCUCUCUGGCCCAAGAUACCUCGUCAGAAUGGUCCUCGCUGCUUACCCGUCGCGCAGCGGGAGACCCAGCCCCCAUCGCCGAAAUGGCAGCAUCGCUCCUCGCGCCCAGCGCAUCCGGGCCGUCUGCAAUCCAACAGCACCAGACCCUGAUCCACGGCGACGUGAAAUCCGAAAACCUAUUUACCAGCACAUCGGGCGAGGCCGUCGCCUUUUACGAUUUCCAGUACACAGGCGUCGGCCUCGGCGUCUGCGAUCUAGCCAAAUUCUUCACGUGCUCGGUUCCACUUGCAAUGCUGCUAUCGGGCCAGCAUGUUCCGCACGAGCUGUCGAUGCAGCGCGGCGAAGAGCAGCUGCUACGCCGGUACUGGGAGCGGCUGCGCGACACGGGCGAGCAGCGAGAAUACGACUGGCGGGUUUUUGUCGCCCAUUGGGAGACGGCGCUGGUGGAUUGGCUGCGGUUCCAGGCAAGCUGGGGCUUCUGGGGUAAUACUGAGUGGUUGGAGGCGCGCGUGCGGAGUAUCUUGAAGGAUCCGGAAUGGCGGGGUAUGGUGUCCGAUGGCGCAAUGACUCGACAUAUCUCGCCGUAA